AUGGGCACUGAGAUUGGUGUGAGGGAUUUCUGUGACUAUCAGCGUUAUAAUGUCUUGGAGGUAAGGCUCACUUUCACAGGUACUCACCAUGGCUACAGCAUAGGGUUGUGCUCAGUAGGAGUAGCACAUGUUUUGAAAUGGAGGAGGUAACCUCAUCUGGAAUAACCAAAAAGCUCAUUUUCUGUUUUAAAAUGUUUUCUUGUUUCAUACGUCUGCAACACAACCCUGGCUGACUUGAUAAUGAUGCAAUGAUUGAGGAUGUUUAGGCUUCCUGUCCAUACAGGAAGUGGGUCACAGGAUGGGCCUGCAGACACACAAGCUGUCCUCACUGUGGAAGGACCAGGCCUUGGUGACCAUCAAUGUUGCAGUCAUAUACAGUUUCCAGGUAACCUAUGAUUUUCAUGUAUACGGGGCCAAUCCAAAGGCAUGUUUUUCCCAGUAGAAAUCCCAAGUUAUGUUGUUGUUGCUGUUGUUGUUUUGUUACAUCAUUAGUUUUUUUAAUACCUACAAUUUUAAAUAAGAUACUUCCAUCCCAUAAUAUUUAGCCAGAGGAUGCUACACUACAAUGACAACUGUUCAGCCAUCAACUGGAGUUUUCCUUGAGAUAAAUGUACUCCUUUUGUCUCAUUACUGUACACUGCAGAAGAACAGGGUGACCAUCACAGACCACCACUCUGCAGCCAAGUCCUUUAUGAAGCACAUGGAGACAGAGUUCCGGCUGCGCGGCGGCUGCCCUGCAGACUGGGCCUGGCUGGUUCCUCCCAUGUCUGGCUCCCUCACCCCCAUCUUCCACCAGGAGAUGGUCAACUACAUCCUCUCUCCCUUCUUCUACUACCAGGUAGAUUCUGAGACACCAUCUUGUAUCGCAGUGGUCUAAGGCACUGCAUCGCAGUGCUAGCUGUGCCACUAGAGAUCCUGGUUCGAGUCCAGGCUCUGUCGCAGCCGACCGCGACUAGGAGACCCAUGGGCGGUGCACAAUUGGUCCAACGUCGUCCAAGGUAGGGGAGGGUUUGGCCGGCAGCGAUGUGGGUUUGUUUCCCACGGGGGGACAGUAUAAUUUUUUUAUUUUUUUUUAAAUAAACAUGUAUGCAUUUACUAACUGUAAGUCGCUCUGGAUAAGAGCGUCUGCUAAAUGACAAAAAUGUCAAUGUAUUGUGCAUAGUAUAUAGGUUAUGUCAUUCAUCUGGUUAAGCUCCACCUUACAUAAUUACAGGGCAGUUGCUAUAUGACCAUCUGUGACUGUUGUUGUUGUUGUUGUUGUUGUUAGAAGCCUGAUCCCUGGACUACCCAUGUCUUGAGAAAUGGGGAGAAGUGCCUGAGGAAGCAACAGAUCAGCUUCAAAGCGGUGGCCAGGUAAUGUUCCAUGGACUAUGACACCCAUAUCUGUAAUGCUUUAUGAACACAUUCAUGAUGCGUUAUAAAUUAUAAUGCAGUCCUAAUCAUAUUAUUGACAUAGCUAUAAACAUAAUGGUUGAGGUUGAGCUAAACCAUGCUCAUAAUGCAUUACAAAGUAUUAUCAUUAAUGUCUGGUUCCCUCCUAUAGGGCGGCGCUCUUUUCUUCAACCCUUAUGAGCAGAGUGCUGGCGAACAGGGUGCGCUGCACUAUCCUGUACGCUACUGAAACAGGGAAAUCACAGACAUUGGCCCAGAGACUGAACUCCAUGCUAAACUGUGCCUUCAACUCCAGGGUAGGACAUCCAUCUCAUCUCUAUGAAGGCUGAUAGGGGGCCUACUGCCUCAGGAUAAUAUGCUUCAGGGCAUUUGUGUGUGUUAAGCACUGUGAAUCAAUGUAAAACUCUAGUUUAAUUGGAACCUAAAUGUAUGUGAGGACUACAUUGAGCUAAUUCAGAGUUCAUUUACAGAAUGAGCAAUGGGGAUUUAGCUAGCUAGUAGAUGUGCUUGUACAAUGUACAAUCUGUUGAUGUAUUAAGUCACUACUGUCCUCAAAAUACAGAAUUUCCCAGAAAGUUUACAAAGUUAACUAAAGCUGCUCUGUAUAUCUUCAAAGUUGCUCUGUAUGGAGGACUAUAACUUCAGUGACAUGGAACAGGAGAUCCUUCUGAUUGUGGUAACAAGCACCUUUGGGAAUGGAGACUUCCCUGGAAAUGGAGAGGUGUGUUUUUGUGUUUGUGUAUUUUGAAGAUAUUAACAAUAAUAUUUUCCCCCACAAUUUUAAAAUGUAAUGUCUCAAUAUUCCCCACAUGUUAAUAUUUAUUUCUCUAGAGUUUCAAGAAGCAGCUUUUCUCCUUGCAGAAUCUCAGGAACAAGUUAAGGUAAGUAGUAUCUCAAGCAUUUCUCUCUGCAUUGCCCUCUCCGUACUGGGCUGUACAUGUACAUCAGUGGAGGCUGCUGAGGGGAGGGCGGCUCAUAAUAGUCAUUUCAUUUCAUUUUCAUUUUCGUCAUUUAGCAGACGCUCUGAUCCAGAGCGACUUACAAAUUGGUGCAUUCACCUUAUGAUAGCCAGUGGGACAACCACUUUCCAAUAUAUAUAUAUUUUUUAUUUUCUUUUUUUUGGGGGGGGGGGGGUGGGGUAAGGGGGGGUAGAAGGAUUACUUUAUCCUAUCCCAGGUAUUCCUUAACGAGGUGGGGUUUCAAGUGUCUCCAGAAGGUGGUGAGUGACUCCGCUGCCCUGGCGUCGUGAGGGAGCUUGUUCCACCAUUGGGGUGCCAGAGGAGCGAACAGUUUUGACUGGGCUGAGCGGGAACUGUGCUUCCGCAGAGGUAGGGGGGCCAGCAGGCCAUAGGUGGAUGAACGCAAUGCCCUCGUUUGGGUGUAGGGACUGAUCAGAGCCUGAAGGUACGGAGGUGCCGUUCCCCUCACAACUCCGUAGGCAAGCACCAUGGUCUUGUAGCAGAUGUGAGCUUCAACUGGAAGCCAGUGGAGUGUGCGGAGAAGCGGGGUGACGUGAGGGAACAUGGGAAGGUUGAACACCAGACGGGCUGCGGCGUUCUGGAUGAGUUGUAGGGGUUUAAUGGCACAGGCAGGGAGCCCAGCCAAAAGCAAGUUGCAGUAAUCCAGACGGGAGAUGACAAGUGCCUGGAUUAGGACCUGUGCCUCUUCCUGUGUAAGGCAGGGUCGUACUCUGCGAAUGUUGUAGAGCAUGAACCUACAGGAUCGGGCAACCGCCUUGAUGUUUGCGGAGAACGACAGGGUGUUGUCCAGGGUCACGCCAAGGCUCUUUGCACUCUGGGAGGAGGACACAACGGAGUUGUCAACCGUGAUGGCGAGAUCAUGGAACGGGCAGUCCUUCCCCGGGAGGAAGAGCAGCUCCGUCUUGCCGAGGUUCAGCUUGAGGUGGUGAUCCGUCAUCCACACUGAUAUGUCUGCCAGACAUGCAGAGAUGCGAUUCGCCACCUGGUUAUCAGAAGGGGGAAAGGAGAAGAUGAAUUGUGUGUCGUCUGUGUAGCAAUGAUAGGAGAGGCCAUGUGAUGAUAUGACAGAGCCAAGUGACUUGGUGUAUAGCGAGAAUAGGAGAGGACCUAGAACUGAGCCCUGGGGGACACCAGUGGUGAGAGCACGUGGUGCGGAGACAGAUUCUCGCAACGCCACCUGGUAGGAGCGACCUGUCAGGUAGUACGCAAUCCAAGAGUGAGCCGCGCCGGAGAUGCCCAACUCGGAGAGGGUGGAGAGGAGGAUCUGAUGGUUCACAGUAUCAAAGGCAGCAGAUAGGUCUAGAAGGAUGAGAGCAGAGGAGAGAGAGUUAGCUUUAGCAGUACGGAGAGCCUCCAUGACACAGAGAAGAGCAGUCUCAGUUGAAUGACCAGUCUUGAAACCUGACUGGUUUGGAUCAAGAAGGUCAUUCUGAGAGAGAUAGCAAGAGAGUUGGCUAAAGACGGUACGCUCAAGUGUUUUGGAGAGAAAAGAAAGAAGGGAUACUGGUCUGUAGUUGUUGACAUCAGAGGGAUCGAGUGUAGGUUUUUUGAGAAGGGGUGCAACUCUCGCUCUCUUGAAGACGGAAGGGACAUAGCCAGCGGUCAAGGAUGAGUUGAUGAGCGAGGUGAGGUAAGGGAGAAGGUCUCCGGAAAUGGUCUGGAGAAGAGAGGAGGGGAUAGGGUUAAGCGGGCAGGUUGUUGGGCGGCCGGCCGUCACAAGUCGCAAGAUUUCAUCUGGAGAGAGAGGGGAGAAAGAAGUCAAUGUCACGAAUACUGCCGAGGCUGCUCCUCCUCCUUGUUCGGGCAGGCUUCGGCGUUCGUCGUCCCCGGAGUACUAGCUGCCACCGUUUGAUGUUUCGAUGUUUGUUUGGUCAUGUCUAGUUUAGUGCACCUGUUUCGUAUUCUGUCCUGAUUAUGUCACCUAUACGUUUCCCUGUGUUAUGUUUUGGAGUUGUGUGUUAUUGUCCGCAUUGUCGUUUGUCUUUUUUCGGUAUAUGUUGUGCUUAGUGUAGUUUACGCGUUGCGCGUAUUCUUUGCCUCCUGUGUGUUCGAGGCCAUUUAUUUUGGAUUGUCUUUGAGUCUCAGUAAAGUCGUUUUGACUUAUCCGCUGUGUCCUGCGCCUGACUUCACCACCACUUCCACAAAUAUACCGUGACAGUCAAAGCAUAGGGUAGGGCAGUGUGAGCAGGACCAGCAGUGUCAUUUGACUUAACAAACGAGGAUUGGAUGUCGUCAACCUUCUUUUCAAAAUGGUUGACGAAGUCAUCCACAGAGAGGGAGGAGGGGGGGAGGGGGAGGAGGAUUCAGCAGGGAGGAGAACGUGACAAAGAGCUUCCUAGGGUUAGAGGCAGAUGCUUGGAAUUUAGAGUGGUAGAAAGUGGCUUUAGCAGCAGAAACAUAGGAAGAAAAUGUAGAGAGGAGGGAGUGAAUAGAUGCCAGGUCCGUAGGGAGUCUGGAUUUCCAUUUCCGCUCGGCUGCCCGGAGCCCUGUUCUGUGAGCUCGCAAUGAGUCGUCAAGCCACGGAGCAGGAGAGGAGGACCGAGCCGACCGGGAGGAUAGGGGACAUAGAGAGUCAAAGGAUGCAGAAAGGGAGGAAAGGAGGGUUGAGGAGGCAGAAUCAGGAGAUUGGAGGGAGAAGGAUUGAGCAGAGGGAAGAGAUGAUAUGAUGGAAGAGGAGAGAGUAGCGGGAGAGAGAGAGCGAAGGUUGCGACAGCGCAUUACCAUCUGAGAAGGGGCAGAGUGAGUAGUGUUGGAGGAGAGCGAGAGAGAAAAGGAUACAAAGUAGUGGUCGGAGACUUGGAGGGGUGUUGCAGUGAGAUUAGUAAAAGAACAGCAUCUAGUAAAGAUGAGGUCAAGCGUAUUUUCUGCCUUGUGAGUAGGGGGGGGGGGGGGGGGGGGGGGUGAGAGGGUGAGGUCAAAAGAGGAGAGGAGUGGAAAGAAGAAGGCAGAGAGAAAUGAGUCAAAGGUAGACGUAAGGAGGUUAAAGUCACCCAGAACUGUGAGGGGUGGGCCAUCCUCAGGAAAGGAACUUAUCAAGGCGUCAAGCUCAUUGAUGAACUCUCCAAGGGAACCUGGAGGGCGAUAAAUGAUAAGGAUGUUAAGCUUGAAUGGGCUAGUGACUGUGACAGCAUGGAAUUCAAAUGAGGAGAUAGACAGAUGGGUCAGGGGAGAAAGAGAGAAUGUCCACUUGGGAGAGAUGAGGAUUCCUGUGCCACCACUCCGCUGACCAGAUGCUCUCGGGGUAUGCGAGAACACAUGGUCAGACGAGGAGAGCGCAGUAGGAGUAGCAGUGUUUUCUGUGGUAAUCCAUGUUUCCGUCAGCGCCAAGAAGUCGAGGGACUGGAGGGUAGCAUAGGCUGAGAUUAACUCUGCCUUGUUGGCUGCAGAACGGCAGUUCCAGAGGCUGCCGGAGACCUGGAACUCCACGUGGGUCGUGCGUGCAGGGACCACCAGGUUAGAGUGGCAGCAGCCACGCGUGUGAGGCAUUUGUAUAGCCUGUGCGGAGAGGAGAGAACCGGAAUAGACAGACGCAUAGUUGACAGGCUACAGAAAAUGGCUACAAUAAUGCAAAGGAGAUCGGAAUGAAAUGAACUAAACAUCUGGGAAAGCGAGAGAGCGGGGCCUCCCUCACUUACGUUUCACUGAAACACUCAAAUAUAACUCUCCCAACUUCCACUUUAGAAAUUAUAAUUGUUGUAAACUACAGAGGUUCAAUGUUUUCUAGGAAUAGACUAACUUAGUUUAUUCAGGAAGCUAACUUGGUACAGUAUUCUUCCGUGAAAACCGUCCAGGGCACCGAAUCCUAUGACGCCAUAGCCAACUAGCAUGCCAGGCUCCAAUAACACGGUUUAGCACCAAUACUUGGUUACAACAAACCACCAGUGUGUUAACACGCCAAGCAGAUCAUUUGUGUCCGUGUCUAACAUUGUGUAAAGUUUUGGGUUAGUUUUGACAGUUUGAAUGAGUCCGUCGUCAACUUAUUCAGCCAGUUAGUUAGCUAGAAUAGUUAGCAUACUAGCUAGACAUUGCUCUCUGCCAACGAAAAAACCCCUCCUCCCACGGCACGAACACACAGAGAGAGCCAAGCUAACGUUAACUAGUCACCCAUGUCCCGAAUUCCCUUGAAUGACUCUGGUUACCAGUAUGUAAAAACGAAACACAAAUGUAGGUUAUAACUUACCCUUAGUAGCUACUGUUAGCCAGUUAAGUGCAAAGCUAGCCACUGAAUCGAUUCAGCCAGUUGGCUGGAACGGAGCGAAUGGAAUGGCAUUAAACAUAUGGAAACCAUGUGUUUGAUGUAUUUGAUACCAUUCCACUUAUUCCGCUCCGGCCACUACCACAAGCCCGUCCUCCCCAAUUAAGGUGCUACCAAUCUCCUGUGAUGUACAUGUCUUUAAGAUGUACUAAUUUGUUGAAGUGGCAGCUUGACUACCGUCUCUGACACCUCUCUUUGGUUUUGAAACUUUUCUUAUCUCCCCUCUCCUCCCCCAGGUACUGUGUGUUUGGACUGGGCUCGAGGAUGUACCCACAGUUCUGUGUGUUCGUCCAUGCCGUGGAUGCCAAUCUGGAGGAGCUGGGGGCAGAGCGGGUGACGCCCACUGGAGAGGGGGAUGAACUGAAUGGGCAGGAGGAGGCCUUCUCUGACUGGGCUCUCACCACUCUCAAAGUGGACGGACAACGGAGGAUGGCUCUCUGGCUUAAAAGUGGAUCUUAGCUAUGUGUUGACGAUCAUGUUUGCAGUAUAUUUUAUAGUAUACAUAUUAACAUACUCCUGGUAUGUCUACUAUAUGCUCAAGUAACAUUACAAAAAAUACCUGUUAUGAUCUUUAAUCUCAUAAGCAUUUGCAUAUCAUUUUGAUCUACAUAGUGUAUUUAAUCAUUGAGCCUAAGCACGCUUGCUCUGCUUCCAGGAUGCCUAUAAGGAGUUCAACAUCCAGGGACAGCUGAGUCUGCAGCUCCCUGGGGCAGAGCGACUCUGCGAGGCCUGGGACCCCCUGAGAUAGCACGUAGCGCUGGAGAGCUGCCCCCAGGACCACAUCACAGGUACUACACCUGGGCCAGGGGAUGAACAUUUGACAAGGGACUGGUGUAGCACUAUAAAGCAUUAUAAACAAAUCUUGUAUUUCAGUCAGCCAGUUGUACGUGAUGAUUUUCACUGUCCUCUCUUUCGCAGCACUUUCAGCCAUUCACUCUAAAACUGUCUUCCCCAUGAAACUGAAGAGGAGACAGAAUCUAUAGAGCCUCCAUUCAAGGUUCAGUUAUUGUCAUCUGCCACAGUAUUUUUUUUUUACCCACUAGCAUGUUAUUUUUGCAAUACUUUCAAUGUUAUUGACAGGACUCAAUGUUUUUGACAGGACUCAAUGUUUUUUGACAGGACUCAAUGUUUUUUGACAGGACACAAUGUUUUUGACAGUGUUUAAUUCAGCAUUGUCAUUCUUGUUUCUAGCCGGUCCACCAUUCUGGUGGAGCUGGAGAGGGAGAGAAGUGCAGAGGUCAUGAACUUUGCUCCAGGAGACUAUGUUGGUGUUUUCCCAGGGAAUCUACCUCAACUGGUGGCUGGCAUCCUAAAGUUCCUUCCCCAUACGCCCCCAACCAACCAGUGCCUACGACUGGAAUACCGCUCUGACUCCUGCCUAGGUACAACACUAUUCAUUAAUAAUGGUGCUGAUUGAGGUAACCACUGUAAAAUCAGAUUUUUUUUAGGAAGACAUCGUCUUCGAAAAAUGGCCACUGUUAAGAUUACUCUGCAUUUCUAUUUCUCAACAGAUGACGAGAAAAACUGGCAUCCCAGCAUGCCCUUUGUCUCAGGCACUCACCUACUUCCUGGAUGUGACCACGCCCCCCUGUCAGAACCUCCUCCACAAGCUCUCUCAGCUGGCGAGACAGGAGGGGCACAGCCAGCGUCUGCUGACCUUGGCAAAGGUAACUCCUGUUUGUCUCAAGGACUAAUGUAGUGUUCAUUAUUGUCUCUUGAAAUAAAAAAGAGAUAUAUCAUGAAAGAAGAGCCUUUAACCUACCACCCUUUGGAAUUAUAUAGAAUUUAAGAAAAUAAUCAUCCAUACCUGUAGCACUAUUUCAUACAUAGAACUCUGAAAGCCUAUGCACUUUCCCAAAACAUUAUAUAAACAGAUAUUUUGCUCGUUAUUUAGCUUCUGUCUUAAUUUUCCAUCAGGAAUCUCAGGAGUACAUGACCUGGAAAACGUUCCGUGUUCCCACCUUACUGGAAGUCCUGGAGGAGUUCCUGUCUUUAGAACCCUCUGCACCCUUUCUCCUCAGCCAGCUGCCCCUGCUCAAGCCACGCCUCUCUCCAUCAGCUCCUCCCCUCAGCUUCACCCCAAUGAGCUACAUCUCACUCUGAUGGUGCUCAACUAUUACACACAAGGUACCGGACAUUAGAUUUUACAUUUUAGUCACUUAGCAAAUACUCUUAUCCAAGGUACAGGACAGUGCGACUCAACUUAGAAAUGACAAUACAUCAGUUAUCAAAUGCUUUGAAAGGAAUUUGAACUGCUAUCUCUUGGCUGUGAAAGUAACUGUACUGUAUUUUUCUGUACUGUUCAACCUCUAGAUGGACAGGGUCCUCUUCACCACGGGGUCUGCAGCACCUGGCUGAAUACCAUUAAGAAAGGAGACCUUGUACCAUGUUUCAUCUACAGGUAUAGAACGUACUGUAACAUACGUAUGUCAGUGGCUGAUACUUUCUCCAAUUGCACCAAAUGAUUGGUUGUAGCCUAUCCCCAGUAUAAUUGAUUGAGAUUAUUAUUUCAAGUGAAGCUAACUGAUUGUGUUAUUGUUUACAGUUCAGGUGGGUUCCACCUCCCAGCAGAGCCCAGCACUCCAGUCAUUCUGUUGGGGGCUGGCAGUGGCAUCCCUCCCUUCCGAAGCUUCUGGCAACAACGGCUACAUGACAUGAAACACCCAGGUAGUGUGUGUGUGUCUGUGUGUCUGUGUGUCUGUCUAUGUGUCUGUUGAUACAAGAUCUCUGACCUUAAGGGCUAUGGUUUUGUCUUGGCAGGGUUCUCUGGAAGUCCUAUGAGUCUUGUGUUUGGCUGCCAGAGUUCGGAGACAGACCCUUUAUACAAAGAGGAGACACUGGAGAUGAGAAGGCUAGGGGUCCUGAAGAGUGUUACAUCCACAUAUUCCGCCAGCCAGGUCACCCAAAGGUACUGUUGCAUUAAGUCAUUUACAAACAAAUCAUGUACUGUGUGAGCACUUGAAAAGCUUGAUUGAAUCUGAUUGGCUUAAGAUUCAAGUGAAGGUUGAAGCUUAAAAUUGUUCCUAUCUCCUUGUACUGUGCCUCCUAUUCCUAACCGUUGACCUCUGUGUGUGAGCAGGUCUAUGUCCAGGAUGUCCUGAGGGAGAGGAUGGCAGGGGAGGUGCUGAGUGUGUUGCACCAGAAGGAGGGUCACCUCUACGUGUGUGUGUGGGGGGGGGUAAGUAAGUGGACAGUAAGUGGACUGUAGUAAGUGGACAGUGUUUUACAAUGCUUGUAUGGUUUGUAUUUUUGUUUCUUUAUUUGCAGAUUCAGAAGAGGUACCAUGAGGAUAUUUUUGGAGCCCAGUUUCAGAAGUGA